UUGUUUAGGGCCAUUCUACACAUUUACAGUGUGGCAGUUGUUGGCAAAUAACUUGAUACGUGUUUGUGCCGAAUCUUAACAUAAUAUGGUCAAAGUCUAUUAUCAGUAAGCCUUUGAGGAAGUUAUGCUUUAAUUUUGAAGGACCCGGGACGGAAGUGUUGCUGCGGCUGGAGAGAACCAGGGAAGCUAACGUUACCAUCGCUUUAUCACACCUAGCUGCUCUCAGAUUACCAUAACAUUAAGAUAAACGAGAUUCGUGACGGUGUCUUACAAUGAUCAUCCCCGUCCGGUGCUUCACGUGUGGGAAGAUUGUGGGUAACAAGUGGGAGGCAUAUCUCGGCCUACUACAAGCCGAGUACACUGAGGGUGAUGCCCUUGAUGCCCUGGGCCUGAAGAGAUACUGUUGUCGGCGGAUGCUCCUUUCUCAUGUGGAUCUUAUUGAGAAAUUGUUGAAUUAUGCUCCACUGGAGAAGUAAUUAGCCACCUUCAAGGACUGCAUGGACCUCGUGGACACAUUUAAUGUCCAUGCCACAGCUCUGUUAAUAUGUUGAUGUGACAAGAAACGCUGACUACGGUGAAGACUUUCAGAACAUUCAUUUGUGAUUUGGUAAUGAGUUUUCUUUUGUUUUUUAAAUAAAGCUGUUAAAUGACA